AUGUGUUUUCUUUUGGAGACGGUGCUGAUGCUGCUGGUCGUGAUAGACUGCGCAGUGGCCGUAUGUAGCACGUUUCCGACUCAAAUCAAUGUUUCUAUGUGCAGCUGGCAAGGCCUGCGUGCCAACAUCCUGCGCGAUACAAUCUACCUCGAUGGCGGGGAGCUAUGGUAUCAGAAAGGAUAUGACGAUGGUUGCGCCCAGCCCCAGCCUGAUAACAACUUGGAAGCGACCAUCUAUUAUCUGAACCUCACCACUUCCUUCAACACCAAAUCGAAUUUCAUGGAUCUCCUCAGCAAUAUAUCCGUCGUCGGCGGUUCUGCUAGCAUAGCUCCGAAUUACGUUGACGGCACAAUGUUUGCCAACAACAACGAGUUCUAUCUCUAUGGAGGCAUGCUUGGUAAUACCGAGAGCUCCGAUCCUCCUCCUGCUAAUCAAGUCCUGUCCUACGCUGCGCACCAGUAUGGCACUUAUAGAAGCUCUUGGGCGCCCAACUGGAAACAAGAAUAUCUACCCACUAAUGUCACGCGAUACAUCACCAAUGGCGCUGCUGCGUCGGCUCCAAGCGAGAACCUAGGCUUUUACUUCAGUGGGAUGCGUGCGCCGGACUGGGGCGACUUCACUUUGAACCAGCUUCAAUCUAACCAAACGGCCAACACGCUGAUCACCCUGGACAUGUCAGUCAUGAGCGACGGGACAUGGACAAACAAAACACUGCCGAGUUAUAUUCCUGCUCGUUCUAACGCGGAACUGGUCUGGGUACCUGUAUCCGAGUCUGGAGUUUUAGUGGCUAUUGGCGGAGUGGUUGAACCCAUUCAGUUUUUCCGUAAUGCCAAAGCAAACUCUUCAAGGACCGCAGAGAGCAAAAGGAUUAGCCCGACGUUUAUGAAGACGGUCUCCGUCUUCGAUGUCGAGAGUAAAACCUGGUAUCUCCAGAACACGACGGGUGAUAUACCGCCCCAGUUGACGGAGUUCUGCUCUGUGCUUGCGAGUGCGGCUGAUGGGUCUUCUCAUAAUAUCUACAUCUAUGGAGGAUACGAUGGUCUCGACUAUAACGCUAAUCCGUCGGACGACGUAUAUAUAUUGUCUCUGCCUUCUUUCAGGUGGGUCAAGGCAUACAAUGGUACAAACACACACAGUCGCAGCGGUCACGAAUGUAUCAAAGUAUAUCCUGAUCAAAUGCUGGCGGUUGGAGGACAGCAUGUCGACUCAACUCAUUGCCUAGAGGGUGGUGUCGUUGUCAACUUCAAUCUCAACACCCUGAAGUUUGAGGAUGAAUAUGAUCCCACAAAUUGGAGUAAGUACAAAGUGCCGGAUCUCGUGACAAAAUGGAUAGGCGGCAACUCCGAUGGAGGUGCAACCACCACCACCCCAUCGUCGUGGACCAACAACUCUCUAGAGGCCAUUUUCGGCAAGAAAUAUGGCAAGACUGUCGAGACAUAUUGGCCGUACAAUAGCACCAGCGGCAGUGCCUCCACACAAGAUCACAGCGGGGGCAGUGGAUUCCCCAACUGGGCUGGUGGAGUAAUCGGUGCGGUCUUGGGUCUGCUCGUCAUUGCAAUCCUUGCCGGACUCUUCUUUUAUCGCCGACGUCACCGGCAACGCGAGUCCCGGGAGGCUGAAUCCGAAGCCGCAGAGGCUGAACCCAAGGACCGUCCCCCAGAAUGGGUAUAUGCGAGCGGCCCAACCUCCCCUGGACCGGGGCCGGUAUCUUCAUCGACGGGCAUGGAGACGGCGGAGACCAUCCGGACGACGCAUACCACGGGAACGCAGCCGUCGACAGCCCAGCCAUCUAUAACGCAGGCUUCAACUGUGCCAGAUUCCCUCGUCUCACCUGCGACCCCUGGCACGGUGGAAUCCGGGGGAGAUGCGCUAUAUGAGAUGCAUGAUUCAUCCCCUGUUGAACUUCCCACGCCAUUCAAUACCGCCUACUUUGCCCACGACGGGCCUCCCAAACCCGAACCUGACGAUGGGCCCAAACCCGAUCCGAGACGAGGCUCCCAGUCUCCUGUCUCACCGCAGACUGCUAGUGAGACGGAUUCGGAGUACUCUUAUCCAAAAGGCCACAACCGGCCCCCUUCUUCACUGUCAUUGGCGUCCCCCUUGUCGAUUGAUAACGUGAUGAGCGGUCAGUCUUCGCAUUUUUAUGAAUCUCUCGACAGCUUGGAUAUCCGGCGAGCAGGUCAUUCUGAGGUUUCCCAGACGACUGACCACGCGGAAGAGAAAGGGCGGAAGGGAGGGAGUGAGACGAUUCGGGAGGAUGAAUAA